AUGGCACCAUCAUUAGAAGAGCCCGUGGUGACUGUGGCCCCAACUACGGCCAAGUUUACCGUUCCCGUCCUCGCGGAGGACCUCGCUGGUGAUAACAAAUUUGGCUAUCAGCCCGGCCGGACCCCAGUCACUCAACACGACAACUAUGCAUACGAAGACUUCCUGCCCUCAUUUCCGGAUAUCCAUUGGGCCCCGCUUGAAUACACUCCCUACCAGGACAAGGGACUGCGAGGAGACCCCAAGUUCCGCAACAUUCUGAGGGACGCCACAGCCGUCUUUGAUCUCAACCCUAAGAUUGGAACUGAAAUCCAUGGUGUUGAUCUCGCAAAGCUUGAUGAUGCACAGCGGGAUGACCUGGCCCGGUUGAUUGCAUACCGAGGCGUUGUCUUUUUCCGCUCCCAGAAGAACUUCGAUAUCGAGGCUCAACGCCAAUUGGGCCAAUAUUGGGGCAAGCUGCACAAGCAUGCCACUACGUCCGUUCCCCGAAAGCCAGGUCUCGAGGAUGUUCAUGUCGUCUACACUGGCGACAACUCCGGCGACAACCGUGCUCUCUUCACACCCAGUUUCUUAUGGCACUCAGAUGUGACUUAUGAAAUCCAGCCACCAUCCUACACAUCACUUAAGCUUCUCUCUGGCCCACCCCCGAGGAGGCGGUGGCGACACCCUUUGGUCCUCACAAUACGCUGCCUACGAUAUACUCUCCUCGCAUAUGCAAAAUUACCUCAAAGGCCUCACGGCCCUUCACUCAGCCGACAUGCAAGCCAACGACUCCCGGGCACUAGGCCGGCCAUCACUGGCUGGAACGGACUUUUCUUCAACCCUGGCUUCGUGAAGAAGAUCGUCGGUAUCCCGGCAGCAGAAAGUGACGCUAUCAUCCGGUUCCUUACUGAUGUAAUCGCCACGACUCAGGAGAUGCAUGCCCGCUUCUCAUGGGGUGAGGAGGAUGUCGCGAUCUGGGAUAACCGGUCCACUAACCACAGUGCUUCUUACGGCUUUACGCCACACCGUCGUCAUGCUGUGCGUGUUGCGGUCCAUGCUGAGAAGCCUGUGCUUAAAGAGUCGGGAAAGUCUCAGGAGGAUGAAUUGAAUGCUUUGUAUGGAUUACCAACAGUCAACAAGGAUGGGUCUCGCCAGUCGAACUAUAACGACUAG